UCAGGGUGCGGUCGUGGGCAGCGCGCUUUGGUCUCGCUGUGGCGUGCGCUGUCGCAGUCUCCAUUGCUCCUACUUCCCUCUGCCCACGGGCGCGUGGGGCCCGGGUCUCUGGUCACCUGCGCAGCGGCAGAGCGCAAUGAGGCGUGUGGCGCUUCGGCUUUCUACCUUGAACAGGGGGCUGCUUACUCCUGGCAGAGGACUGACUCAAGGAUUACAGAAUCCUGAAAAACAGAGUGUCUUCCACAUUCAUGAAGCGUCUUCACCUAUACACGUGAACCAUGUUCGAGAUAAGUUGCGGGAGAUAGUAGGAGCAUCCACAAACUGGAGAGACCAUGUGAAAGCAAUGGAGGAAAGAAAAUUACUUCAUAGUAUUUUGGCGAAGUCACAGGAAGCACUGCCACCUAGGAAAAUGAAGGACAGUUAUGUCGAAGUUCUCUUGCCUUUGGGCAGUCAGCCUGAACUAAGAGAGAAAUAUUUGACUGUUCAAAACACCGUAAGAUUUGGCAGGAUUCUUGAGGACCUUGACAGCUUAGGAGUUCUUAUUUGCUACAUGCACACCAAAAUUCAUUCAGCUAAGAUGUCUCCUUUAUCAAUAGUUACAGCCCUGGUGGACAAAAUUGACAUGUGUAAGAAGAGCUUAAGCCCGGAACAGGACAUCAAGCUGAGCGGCCACGUGAGCUGGGUUGGGAAGACCUCCAUGGAGGUGAAGAUGCAGAUGUUCCAGCCUUCUGCCAAGUCUUGCAAAUUCACCACCUUCAGCAACUCACCAGGGUCCUUUCUCCCCCUUGCCCUUGGCCCGUGUUCCGUUCAAGCCCUCACUGCCUCUGGUUUACAUGGCAGUGAAUUUUCUCCUGUUUUGGAAGCAACUUUUGUAAUGGUGGCUCGUGAUUCUGAAAAUAAGGGGUCGGCAUUUGUGAAUCCACUCAUCCUCGAAGGCCCUGAGGAAGAAGCGCUCUUUAGACAAGGAGAAUUGAACAAGGGGAGAAGGGUUGCCUUUAGCUCCAUGUCGUUACUGAAAAUGGCUCCUAGUGCCGAGGAGAGGAUGACCAUACAUGAGAUGUUUCUUAACACGCUGGAUCAAAAGACUAUAAGUUUUCAAAGUCGAGUUUUGCCCCCUAAUGCAGUGUGGAUGGAGCACUCGAAACUGAAGAGCUUGGAAAUUUGCCACCCACAGGAGAGAAACAUUUUCAAUCGGAUCUUUGGUGGUUUCCUUAUGAGGAAAGCAUAUGAACUUGGAUGGGCUACAGCUUGUAACUUUGGUGGUUCCCGACCGUUUGUAGUAGCAGUGGAUGACAUCAUGUUUCAGAAACCUGUUGAGGUGGGAUCGUUGCUGUUUCUGUCCGCUCAGGUUUGCUUUACUCAAGGCAAGUACAUGCAAGUCAGAGUCCACAGCGAAGUGGCCUCUCUGCACAAUAGAGAGCACACGACCACCAAUGUCUUUCAUUUCACCUUCAUGUCCGAGAACGAGGUGCCCUUGGUUUUCCCCCGAACGUAUGGAGGUAAGCAGCCUGAUUGCUCGUCCCUGAAAAGGGAGGAACUUGUAAAACACAUUUUCCUCCUUUCAGACUGUUGCAGGAAGCGCACUGAUGCCUCAGCUCAGAGCACAUCUCUGGGAGAUGGCGCUUUUCAGGCUCUGCAGCCCCGAAGAGGCUCUGGCUGCUCUGCCCACCUGGCUGUUGGCUGAAGGGCACGUGCCAGCUGCAAGCAGCCCCUGGAGGUCAAGGACUGGUCCAGCCGAAGGAAAGGGGCGGGAGUCGAGGCCCGCGCCUCAGCCUUGCACUAUGCUGGCCCGGCAGCGCUGGCCGCGCAGCAGCUUUGCGUUUUCAUUGCUGCCCCUGAGUUCCUGAGUCGGCUUGUGUUUGUCCCGUGCUGUCCCGGGGGCUGCAGG